AUGCAAGCUGUCCAUGAUGGAAAUGUCGGUGGCUAAGCCCCACUACCUUUAAGUGUAUUCUCUUGCACUAAUGGUGAGGUCUCUCACUGCCCAAAUUGCCAAGCAAAUAUGAUCAAGGUCAGAAAAUGUAGCACUUGGACAAUAGUUGUGGGUUGUUUAACAGGAUGUUAAGGACUCAAUAGCUACUACUCAUGGAAGAAAGAAAUGAAAUGUUUGGGUUGUGCUCAUACUGUUGUUAUUUGA